AUGGAGUCUCUCCUGCUGCCGGUGCUGCUGCUGUUGGCCGUACUGUGGACACAGGCAGCCGCCCUCAUUAACCUCAAGUACUCGGUAGAAGAGGAGCAGCGCGCCGGGACGGUGAUCGCCAACGUGGCCAAGGACGCGCGCGAGGCGGGCUUUGCUCUGGAUCCACGGCAGGCCUCUGCCUUCCGUGUGGUGUCCAACUCAGCUCCGCAUCUGGUGGACAUUAACCCCAGUUCGGGCCUGCUUGUCACCAAGCAGAAGAUCGACCGCGACUUGCUGUGCCGCCAGAGCCCCAAGUGCAUCAUCUCGCUCGAGGUCAUGUCCAGCUCAAUGGAGAUAUGCGUGAUUAAGGUGGAGAUCAAGGACCUGAACGACAACGCGCCCAGCUUCCCAGCGGCACAGAUCGAGCUGGAGAUCUCAGAGGCAGCUAGUCCUGGCACGCGCAUCCCGCUGGACAGCGCUUAUGACCCGGACUCGGGCAGCUUUGGCGUGCAGACAUACGAGCUCACGCCUAAUGAGCUGUUUGGCUUGGAGAUCAAGACGCGCGGCGAUGGCUCACGCUUUGCGGAACUUGUGGUGGAGAAGAGUCUGGAUCGCGAGACACAGUCGCACUACAGCUUUCGCAUCACCGCACUCGACGGCGGCGACCCACCGCAUCUGGGCACUGUUGGCCUCAGCAUCAAGGUGACCGAUUCCAAUGACAACAACCCGGUGUUUGGCGAGUCCACCUAUGCAGUGAGCGUGCCAGAAAACUCACCUCCCAAUACACCAGUCAUCCGCCUCAAUGCCAGCGACCCAGACGAGGGCACCAAUGGCCAGGUGGUCUACUCCUUCUACGGCUAUGUUAACGACCGCACGCGUGAGCUCUUCCAGAUCGACCCACACAGUGGCCUGGUCACAGUCACCGGUGCCCUAGACUAUGAAGAGGGCCAUGUGUACGAACUGGACGUGCAGGCCAAGGACCUGGGGCCCAACUCCAUCCCAGCACACUGCAAGGUGACCGUCAGCGUUCUCGACACCAAUGACAACCCGCCGGUCAUCAACCUGCUGUCAGUUAACAGCGAGCUGGUGGAGGUAAGCGAGAGCGCCCCCCCGGGCUACGUGAUUGCACUGGUGCGGGUGUCUGAUCGAGACUCGGGCCUCAAUGGGCGCGUGCAGUGCCGAUUGCUGGGCAACGUGCCCUUUAGGCUGCAGGAGUAUGAGAGCUUCUCCACUAUCCUGGUGGACGGACGCCUGGACCGCGAGCAGCAUGACCAGUACAACCUCACGAUCCAGGCGCGCGACGGCGGUGUACCCAUGCUGCAGAGUGCCAAGUCCUUUACAGUUCGCAUCACCGACGAGAAUGACAACCACCCGCACUUUUCCAAGCCUUACUACCAAGUCAUUGUGCAGGAGAACAACACACCUGGCGCCUACCUGCUUUCCGUGUCAGCCCGAGACCCCGACCUGGGUCUCAAUGGCAGUGUCUCCUACCAGAUUGUGCCGUCCCAGGUGCGGGACAUGCCUGUCUUCACCUAUGUCUCCAUCAACCCCAACUCAGGCGACAUCUACGCACUUCGAUCCUUCAACCACGAGCAGACCAAGGCAUUCGAAUUCAAGGUCCUGGCCAAGGAUGGCGGACUGCCUUCGCUGCAGAGCAAUGCCACGGUUCGGGUCAUCAUCCUCGACGUCAACGAUAAUACCCCGGUCAUCACGGCCCCACCCUUGAUCAACGGCACUGCCGAGGUCUACAUCCCCCGCAACUCUGGCAUAGGCUAUCUGGUGACCAUUGUCAAAGCAGACGACUAUGAUGAGGGUGAGAACGGCCGGGUCACCUACGACAUGACCGAGGGCGACCGCGGCUUCUUUGAAAUAGAUCAGGUCAAUGGCGAAGUCAGAACCACUCGCACCUUUGGCGAGAGCUCAAAGGCUUCUUAUGAGCUUAUUGUGGUGGCCCACGACCACGGCAAGACGUCUCUCUCUGCCUCUGCACUAGUCCUAAUCUACCUGUCCCCUGCUCUUGACGCCCAAGAGUCAAUGGGCUCGGUGAACUUGUCCCUGAUUUUCAUUAUCGCACUGGGCUCCAUUGCCGGCAUCCUCUUUGUCACUAUGAUCUUCGUGGCAAUCAAGUGCAAGCGAGACAACAAAGAGAUCCGGACCUACAACUGCAGAAUCGCUGAGUACUCCUAUGGGCAUCAAAAGAAAUCAAGCAAGAAGAAAAAAAUCAGUAAGAAUGACAUCCGUCUAGUACCCCGGGAUGUGGAGGAGACAGACAAGAUGAACGUUGUCAGUUGCUCCUCCCUGACCUCCUCCCUCAACUAUUUCGACUACCACCAGCAGACACUGCCCCUGGGCUGCCGCCGCUCUGAGAGCACUUUCCUGAAUGUGGAGAACCAGAAUACCCGCAAUACCAGCGCCAACCACAUCUAUCAUCACUCUUUCAACAGCCAGGGCCCCCAGCAGCCAGACUUGAUCAUCAACGGUGUGCCUCUGCCUGAGACUGAAAACUAUUCCUUUGAUUCCAACUAUGUGAACAGCCGAGCCCAUUUAAUCAAAAGCAGCUCUACUUUCAAGGACUUAGAGGGCAACAGCCUGAAGGAUAGUGGCCAUGAAGAGAGUGACCAGACUGACAGUGAACAUGAUGUCCAGCGGAGCCUGUAUUGUGAUACUGCUGUCAAUGACGUGCUGAACACCAGUGUGACCUCCAUGGGAUCUCAGAUGCCUGACCAUGAUCAGAAUGAAGGAUUUCAUUGCAGGGAAGAAUGUCGGAUUCUUGGCCACUCUGACAGGUGCUGGAUGCCCCGGAACCCCAUGCCCACCCGCUCCAAGUCCCCUGAGCACGUGAGGAACAUCAUCGCGCUGUCCAUUGAAGCUACUGCUGCUGAUGCUGAGGCUUAUGAUGACUGCGGCCCCACCAAGCGGACUUUUGCAACCUUUGGAAAAGAUGUCAGUGACCACCCGGCUGAGGAGAGGCCCACCUUGAAAGGCAGGAGAACUGUCGAUGUGACCAUCUGUAGCCCCAAGGUCAACGGCGCUAUCCGGGAGGCGGGCAAUGGCUGUGAGGCGAUUAGCCCUGUCACCUCCCCGCUGCACCUCAAGAGCCCUCUGCCCACCAAGCCCUCCGUGUCUUACACCGUUGCCCUGGCUCCCCCGGCCCGUGAUCUGGAGCAGUAUAUCAACAGUGGCCCAUCUCGUCCCUCUGAAGCUGAGCCCCGUGGAUCUGACAGCGAGAAAGUCAUGCAUGACGUCAACCCCACUCUGAAGGAGGGUCGUGACAAAGAGUCUCCUGGUGUGAAGCGUCUGAAGGAUAUCGUUCUCUAAAGCAGUCUCGGGGAAGAAGAGAGAGAAACCAUGCUGGUUUUCGAGGAAGCAGGAGCUGAUUUUUUUAAUUACUCACCAAUGGUUGGUUCUUGAGUGGCUGUUAUUUCAGAGCUUUCCCUAAAUGUGUUGUUUAUAAGUGACUAUCAUUCUGUGACAAUCCCUCUCGUUUCAACAGGCAGCAGGGGUGUUCAGGUGGAGCAAAUUAGCUUUGGCUUGAGUUGUUCAUGGGGCCUUGAUGUUGGGGAAACAGACAAAUUCAGUUGUGAAAAGUAUUAUGUAUUAAGUGUUUGAAUUUAUAUAUUUUUCUAUGUCAAAAUUAUAAAUUACCAUUGUUUGUGGAGGAUUACAUUUAAAAAAACAAAAAAAAAGGAGAAAGCUCUGGACACCUUUAAUAAGCUCGCCACUGUUUUGUAGUGUAGACAAGUUAAUGGCCAUUUAUUGUGUACUAUUCAUUGAUUCAGUGAUGUGAAAUUGAGCCCCCAAAAGGUUGUUUCUGAAGCUUAAGUACUUUCCAAUGCCGCUACUUUGCUGUGGACACCCCUGCUUUAAGAACCCUUUUGCUAGCUGUGCUACCGUUGUAUUUGAUAUUGCAAAUUGCUAUGUGUGUGGUGACGGCAAAAGGCUUUUUUAGAAGUUGGUGUUUUUUUUUCUUAAUAAAACUAUAGACAAAACAAAGUGCAAAAAACCGAGAUGGCAAGUGAAUGAGCAACACCACACAUAUAGAUUGAAUACUUGGAGGAUACUCACUCAUGGAGGAUACCCAUGUAGUGAUUACUCACCACCUUGCAGAGUAUUUCUCCUGCCUUUCAGUCUUCUGCCCAGAUCAGUGAUAGAUCAUCACAGAACGUCAUUUUUGGAUAUUCUGCUAUCUAAUUUACAGUUGUCAGAACUACUGUGCUGAAAG